UACCUAGGAGUCCAGCGGCGCCAGGGCCAGCAGCGAUUGGAAUUUCAAAUGCCUUGGAAAGAGGAAUUAGAAGUUAUAAAGCAGGAUAAAGCUGCCAGAGUCAUUCAGCAGGCCUGGAAAAGUUUCCUUAAUGUUGCUAUAUUUCAACACUUUAAAAGUCUGAUUGAUUUAAGAAGACAAGGGGAACCACGUCAGAUCGUGAAAUAUAUUAAUCCCAAAGAGGCAGAGCUUCUAGAUGCUGCUGCUGGCAUUCAUGUGCGAUUCAGAUUAGGUGGAGUGAAAUUUCCACCUGAUAUAUACUAUAAGAUUUUUACUCACAGACCUAUUGAAGAUCUGUGUGCUAACAGCCCUAGAAAUUAUGCAAAACUUCCAGCAAAGCAUACAUCUCAUAAUAAAAAUGAUCACCUUCAGGAAGAGGAUCAUAGUGGCUGGUAUCAUCGUAUAGAAAACAAUGGCUGGAGGCCAGUUUCUGAUACAUUUUGGCUAUCUACUGACAGUAUAGUGGUAGAAGACAAAAAGGAAAGUGAAUUCCAUUUCUCUAAACUGAAGAGAAGGCAAGACUUGGAAAAGAAAAGAAAACUUAGAAAAAUAGAGUGGAUGAGGCAAAUGUACUACUCAGGAAGUCUGGAGGCUAAGUCAACACAUCGUGAAACUCUAGGACUAAUUCACACUGCAACAAAGGGGCUGAUUAGAGCUUUUGAAGAUGGUGGCAUAGAUUCUGUGAUGGAAUGGGAAGUGGAUGAAGUGCUGAACUGGACAAACACACUGAACUUUGAUGAAUACAUUGCCAGCUGGAAGGAAAUUGCUACAAGCAACUCUUCGGCUAAUUUCAAAGGAUUCAGAUUUGAUCAAGCACAGAAAAACAUAUAUGACUAUGGAGGAGAUAUAUCAAAAAUGCAAAUGGAAACACCAGAUCAUACUUAUUGUGAAAAUGUUUAUCAAGAACCAAAUGUAACUAGAUUAACGCCUGAUUCUACUUAUGGACUAUAAAGUACUUUAUUUCUAUUCUGAGUUAUAGACAUUUGAGCCCUCCAUCCAUCAGUUAUAGUCAAGGGAUAGUGUAUUCUGACUGGAAUAACUUGUUUAUAUAUUCUGGGCACAGAAUCUAGCUCAGUUAAGUAAGGAAAAUUGAGCAGAAAUAGAACACUGGACUGAAUACAAUGAUCAUGGCAAAUAUAGAAAUUAUUCCUAGUGUUCUGAGAAACCGUAGUAUUCUAACAGUUACACUUAAGUAAAGAGACUACAUUUAGGUGCAAGAAACUUCAGACUGAUUAUUUUGCAUGUUUACUGGAGGCAUUUAGUGCAAUCAUGGAAGGCAGAGCUUUCGGUCCCUUUAUCCCAUAUCCAAGUGUGCCUUGCUUCUUCCCCCA